AUGUAUGUUAAUGCGGGACCUGUCCUCGCUGGGUCAGUGAGGACGGGAGAUACUGACUCUGCAGCACGUUCAGUGAGUGAGAAGCUGCCACAACGGGAAGGUGCAGGAAAAACAGAUGAUGCCUCAGCUCCCGCGCUGGAGACUCAGCCUCAAGGUGAUGAAGAAGAUAUAGCUUCUCGUUAUCCUACUUUAUGGACUGAGCAAGUAAAGAGUAGGCAGAACAAAACCAAUAAAAGCUCAGCAUCAUCAUGCGAUCAAGAACUUCAGUCAGCCCUGGAGGAAGCUAAACAGCCCCAGAAAGACAAUGUGUUCAUUCCAGAGUGUGCUCAGGGUGGCCUCUACAAACCAGUGCAGUGCCACCCUUCCACGGGCUACUGCUGGUGUGUUCUGGUGGAUACGGGACGUCCCAUACCUGGUACAUCAACAAGGUAUGAACAACCUAAGUGUGAUAACGGCGCCAGAGCUCACCCAACCAAAACAAAGGAUUUAUACAAAGAACGCCAGCUUCAAGGUUGUCCUGGAGCCAAGAAGAAUGAGUUCCUGACUAGUGUUCUGGAUGCAUUGUCCACGGAUAUGGUGCACGCAGUCUCUGAUCCAUUGUUGUCUUCCAGCCGGGUUUCGGAGCCUGAUCCAAAUCACACUCUGGAGGAGAGAGUGGUCCAUUGGUAUUUCAAACAGCUAGAUAAAAAUUCCAGUGGAGACAUUGGCAAGAAAGAAAUCAAGCCAUUUAAGAGAUUCCUAAGAAAGAAAUCAAAACCCAAAAAAUGUGUGAAGAAGUUUGUGGAAUACUGUGAUGUGAACAACGAUAAGUCCUUAUCAGUUCAAGAAUUAAUGGGCUGCUUGGGAGUAACAAAAGAAGAAGGUAAAGCAGAAACAAAGAAACGCCAUACCCCUAAAACCAACACUGAGAGCACUUCAUCCAGCAGGCAGCAAGUUUCUAAGAAGCAAGGGUGAACAGCUUACUGAUUGAAGGCAGAUCUCUGACAUGUGGGAGAUUUCCUCACCAAAAGGCAAUAAAAACAACUGUAGUAUUUGCACUUUGUACUUAAAAAUGUAAAUUCACUUUGUAGAAAUAAAAUAUUUAAACAGACUUUUUUUUAAUCUGUGAAAAUGUCAUGGUUAGUUUUGAAAAAUUAUCACAUACAAUGUAUGUGUAUUCUUUUGUUGUCUGAAAUAUGUAAAACGUGUUGGAGAUGUAAAAGUUUGCAUUUAAACCGGUUUUUUUAAAAUAGCUUUUUGGCAAACAGUAGCAUAGAAACCUGAUUCUAUGUAUUUUGGUUUCAAUAGUGUGCCUUGUUUUACUUAACCAAUAUUGUCAUUUAAGUAGAGUUAGGCUGAAAAGUCUACUGUAUUCUCAAUUUUGUCCAAGCAGUGUUGGAUGUUUCAGGUUUGCAGGGCUGAGGAAAGUGUGUAAAUUGCUAUUGACUUGUUUUUGCAGUUUUUAACUGAACAGAUUUUUCAUCGGUGGC